AUGCUAGACAAAAAACAAACAUUUUGCGCGUUUAUUUAUUAAAUUUGGUAGUUUAGUACCAACAGAAGCAUAAAUGUGCAAAAGACAGCAUAACAUCAUAUUUCAGCUGUUUUAUUUUGGACCUAGGUGAUACAAGUCCUUAGGGUGUGCCGCUACAACAAUAGCGUUCACACGCACAUGGAGAAUUCGACGGCGACGCCGUCAAAAUCAACGACAGCGCCAAAGAAACGAAGGCACAGUGAGUAUCAUGAUCCCGAUUAUGGGUUCGGUUACGAUAGCCCCACCAGUGCUUCCAAAGACAAGAAGCGUGUUAAGCGUGAGCAAGAAAACGAAGAGGAUGGCGAGGCCCUUAACCAGCGGGCUGAGAGAAUCAGCCCUCUUCGAACUGGCCUUAAUCUUGACAGCGUGGCGCAACUAAAAAAAUUUGAGGAAAUUGUGCGUGCCGAAUUCCAAAGAGAGUUAACCCUUAAGGAACAACAGCUGAGCGAGAUUGAUGCGCGCCUCUAUCAGGCACGCCAGCUACUGGACAAAUUGAGGUACCAUGUCGUCAGCGAGUACUAUAUCAAGCAACAAGUACCGUUGACAGCUGCAGACGUGUCUAGGGUGCGAUCCAGAGACACGUUGUUUGGAGAUGGGGUUGAGCAUGCUGGAGCUCAACUGCCGUUGCAUCCGGCAGUUAAGAAAAUUGUGGGUAAGCGUCCUGCGCCUUUGCAAUUAAACCUGCCAGAGCGCACAGCUGCAACGCUGGCGAAGCAGACAAUACGGCUGCGAAACCCUGCUAAUCGCCGAGCAGAGCGUAGACGACAGCAGAAAAUUCGGGAGCAGGGUAUUGUUACGGAUCACUCGCAGCAGGAGAACAAAAAUGAACUGAAUGUGACCAGCUGUGAAGAACAACCUUGCACCAGCAGACAGGCUUAUAAGACUCAAAAGGAGUUUGAUUCCACGUUAUCCGCCCUUAAUGCCUCACGCCUGAAUAACAAAAACAAGUUCUUCUUUGUGGUAGGCAACACCUCUAAGUACCUAGGAGACGCUGAUUCGAGCGUCCGAAACGGCCAAGCGCUAGCUUACAAAUGGCUGGUUUAUGUCCAGGGCAAAAACUUGCCGCAGCCACCGGAAGCGUAUUUAAAAAAGGUGCGCUUCCAAUUGCAUCACUCGUAUCGGCCCAACGACAUUGUGGACGUGCAUUCUCCCCCCUUUCAGUUGACACGUCGCGGCUGGGGUGAAUUCCCCAUGCGAAUUCAACUUUACUUUCAGGAGCAUCUGCAGCAGAAGCCAGUCCAAUUAAUGCACACCAUCGUUUUGGACAAAACUAUGUGCGGUUUGCACACAAUGGGGGGCGAGACAACUGUAGAGGUUUGGUUGCGUUCCGAUGCGCCUGCGACAGUAGACACGAUACCGCCAAGAACUGUAAAGAAAGAGCCACAUACAACAGCCGGAAAAAGUGCGCCUUCGCUGAUUAAGAAUACUUCCACGCCGUUGACCAUUUCAAUAGCACAGAAAAAAGAAGAUCUAAAUGAAAGUUUAACUGCCUCUGUCAACAAUAUCGAUUUAAGCGACGAUUUGAAGCAUAUUGACCCCACUGCGCUUGUCUCAGAGUCGUUAAAGCUGAGCAGCCCGAUAAAAAAACAGCCUGCAGAGCAGCUUGGGCCAAGUGAAGUGCCACUGCGCCUUGAUUGCGUCAAUAAUUCUGCUGCUAUUAGUCCAUGUUUGGCCGUUGCUUAUUCAUCCAUGAACGGGAACACCAGUAACAAAAAGCCGCAAGCGAUGGUUACGCAAUUGCGUAAAGGACACACAGCAUCGCAAUUUAAGAACGUGAUCUUUCAAAAGGAGGGCAAGCUAUACAUUAUUGACCCGCAGCAAUCAAAGUUGAAGCAGGCCGCCAAGCAGCAGUCGCUCCUCAAGCCACAACUUAGUUUGCUCAAGCAGCCAACACAGCAGCUGUCCAAACGGUGGCACAUUCUGCAAUGCAUUCAAAACGAUCACGGCUAUGCCAACAUGAGUAGCCAGGAAGUGCCUCCCCCGCUUGCACCGCCGCUUAGCCAACGUUUGAGUCUCGAACAUCUUUUUUGCGGCAUUCAGUUUCAGAAUAUGCGUAGCGCUGUGGAGUUUUUGCUUCGGCGGCUGCCAUUAGCAGGCGCAUCGAUCAAGGAGUUUCCCUUUGGUACUCUUUCACUGACAGCAUUCAUGGCACAGCCCGCUUUGCGCCAGCGGUUUUUCGAAUUUAUGCGAGGGCGUACUUUGUUACGCUGCAUGCGCCAACAUCUACGCCUGCAACACCUGCAUACCAGUGGAAGGGAGUUAUUUUGGAGCACACGUGAAAUUGUGGCCUUUGCACGUCUACACGGAUACACGCCGCCUUUAAAAGUGCUUUGUGUUGCCAGAAAAAAAGCAUCCUCAGCAGUCUUGCCGUUGUCAGAGCGUGUUCAACAACAGCUGCAAGAGGAUCCCCAAUCACAACUGUUGGAAUAUUGCAGUCUCACCUCAAGGUCCCGUUUAGAUAGUUGGCUAACUAAAAAGAUAAUAAGCUUGCAAAGUCGGACACAUAGAUUGGACGAUGAAGUGUUUGUUGAUGUGCAAAACUUACCUCCACCUCCACCCAGUUCACGGAUUCAGGGGCCCCCAAAUUUAACAGACAAUCCAUUAAACCAUCAUAUGCUAUAUUUACCUCCACCUGAGGAGCUGGAUGCUGCCACUCAGCUUGUGCGGGACAUGUGCAAAGAGGUAGGCAUAGUCCUACAUACAGAACAGAGCGUCCCAGGUGUUUCGCAGUCCCUAGCGAUCACACUUUUAGCACACGUUCUUCGAAUGUUUAUAGAAAAGUUGGUGAGACGCGCCGUCUCAACCAAAUUGCGUCAACAGCAACAACCGCAUGCAAUAGAGACGUUGCCUACUGCGGCAGCCAAUAUAGAACUAAACCUACUACCCCACGACAUCGCACGCGUUAUUGCCAAUAGUGCGGAGCUUGAUUUCCUAGGCAAUUCUUACCUCGGCGUUGAUCACAAGGAAUCGUAGUCUGCUCAAUAUA